AUGCCAGCUUACCCCCUGUACUCUAAACACGAGCACCGCUUGUUCUGCUCUCCUCACAACAACAAACACUCUUUCAACAGCAGAACGAGGAGCCAAGAAGAGAUGGAAAGACAUUAAUCAUGCAGUGUUGCUUACAUACAUCUUUGUAAGUUACAUAUUUGUGGAUAAGUCGACUUAAAAAGGACAAAUCCUCCUUCUCAUUCAGAGUCUUUCAGCAGACUUUACAGAACGCUGUCCCGGGGCUGUCCACUCCACGCUUCAUGUUGUCGAGGACACAGAGACGAGGAGGGAAUGAAGAUCUGUUCCUCAGCGUGAGUCUUUGGGAUGCUCGACGGACCUGUACCACAUGCUUUUUUAAGGCCUCCAGAAGCUAAGACAGGGAGUCAUUGACAGAGCGAGCGACCCCUCUGAGCCACCAUCAUGGCCCUGGUUCAGGCUCUGCCCCUCUCUGCUGAGCCUCACACCCCCGGCCACAGUGGAGGAUCCCGCAGGAGACACCCCUCCUCUUCACCCCCCCUCGCCGCUCCAGCCUCCACUCUGGAUCACAUGGGUUCCGUCAGCAGCCUCAUCGCUGCCCGCCCCGGACCCUACCAGGACCUGCGAUCUGGUGGGGAGCUAGGAGCCAGGAUCCGACGGCCCACGCCAGGCGCCCCCUGUCUGGGCUCGGAGUCCCCGCAGGAUCCCUUAAUGCAGAACAUCCCCCCUCUCAUGAAGCAGAGCUCCACCUCCUCCAACAGGGGGCUGGAGAAGGACGGUGGGAACGGGAACCACACGUAUCUUAAUGAAGACUUUGUAGGAGACUGGAAUGACAACCAUGUGACACCUGUGAGCCCGGGGAGCGACGCAGACGGGACUAGAGAAGGAUCAGGACUGAACGGGAAUAUGGGGGGACCUCCUCCAAAACUGAUCCCUGUGUCAGGAAAACUUGAGAGGAACAUGGAGAAAACAGUGCUCCGACCCACUGCCUUCAAACCUGUUAUCCCCAAGAACCGGACCUCCAUGCAGUACCUCUCUCCCCGCCACGUUGCCAACAUACCAGAAAGCCAAAGCAACCUGAACCUGCUCAGCCCCUCCCACCGAGAGACGUCGCCCUCCAGCACUGACAAAUGCAGCGCGUACAGCCGAGUGCGGAACAGCGCCGGCGGCAGCAACCAGUCGUGUCAACUGACCGACUCUGGACGUAACUCCCUCUGCAGCAUCCCCCCGUACGGCAGCGCCCCCUACAGUCAGACCUCAGGGGAGGCAUCCGCCGGUCACCUGGAGCCCAUGAAGAGCGCUCCACCUGUCACCACGCACGGACACUCAAACUCAGACAGUGGGCGAUCGUCUUCCAGUAAGAGCACAGGAUCCGGCUCCAUAAGCGGCCGAGGUCACCCUCUAUCUGACAGCGGGUCGGGGGGGCGCUCCCCGGGACCCAUGGAGGGUUAUGAGGGGGUCGUGAGGGACCUGGAGGACAAACUGAGGGAGAGAGAGCUGGAGCUGCAGACACUCAGAGAUAACCUGGACGAGAAUGAAGCUGCUAUUUGUCAGGUUUACGAGGAGAAGCAGAAGCGCUUUGAGCUGGAGCUGGAGGAGCUGAGGCAGGGCUGUGCCACCAGGAUGCAGGUCGCCUCACAGAAGGCCCAGCGUGCUCAGCAGGUGCUUCAGCUGCAGGUCUAUCAGCUCCAACAGGAGAAGAAGAAGCUGCAGGAGGACUUCUCCCAGCUCCUGCAGGAGAGGGAGCAGCUGGAGGAGCGCUGCACCUCCUACGAGCACGAGAAGAUCCAGCUGGGGCCGCGACUGGAGGAGAGCAAGUGGGAGGUGUGUCAGAAGUCAGGGGAGAUCUCUUUGCUGAAGCAGCAGCUGAAGGAUGUGCAGGGGGAGUUGGCCCAGCGUGUCGGAGAGAUUGUGUCUCUGCGGAGUCAGCUCAGAGAGAGUCGGGGUGAGCUCACAAACGCACAGGUCCUGCUGCAGGAGUCCAACGGGACGACACGCACACGAACCCUGGAGCUGGAGGUUUGUGAGAAUGAGCUCCAGCGCCGUAAGAGCGAAGCAGAGCUGCUCAGAGAGAAGGUGGGACGUCUGGAGGGGGAGCUAAUCCAUCUCAGAGAAGCUCUGGCCAAUCAGGGCCCAGGAAACAGACAGUGUCAGGUGUUCCAGGAGGCCGAAGAGCAUCUGCUCGCCUAUGAAAGCGACGAGGCGAAGGCCCAGCGGCAGAGCAGCUCGGAGGCGCUGCAGAACAUGAAGGCGCAGAUGGACAGGAUGAGGGCGGAGCUCACGUUCGAGCGACAGCGUGCGGAGCAGCAGGUCGGGGGCUUCGAGGAGGAGCGCAGGAUCUGGCAGGAGGAGAAGGACAAAGUGAUCCGCUACCAGAAACAGCUGCAGCAGAACUACGUGCAGAUGUACCGACGGAACCGGGAGCUGGAGCUGAUGCUGCAGGAGAUCAGUCAGGAGGAGGACGAAGGCAGCGGCAACGAGAUCAACUUUGACGAGAUCGCUGCCACGGAAAUAUAACCCUCAUAUCAAUUCAUGUUUGAUUUGCACUACUGUCAGCGUAACCCCCUUUUAUUUACUCAUGUCACAGAUCUGAUCUCUGCGCUGUGCACACGGAAACAGGUUCUCUUUACACCUGAUGUUAACAUGCAGCCUGGUGAGCCAAUCACACGUUGACAGCUCGAAGCACAGCUGUACACACCUGGAGUUAUCAUGCUAUCACCUCGCUUCAUUUACCUUCACUAGCCUUUAAAUAACAUCCACUGAUAACUAAGGCUUUCAAGGUAGAGAUAAACUUUAGACAGAGGUGUCAGCGUGAUAAAACGUUCCUCUCUGUGACCACAGAACAGGCAGAUCUUUAACACUCCUGUCCUCUGAGACACAUCAGUAUCCUAUAUACGCUGCAUCCUUAUAAACUACGAUGAACCUCUGCUGAGUCAGAUCUGUUGCUUUCUUCCAGGUGCUUCAUUCACGGUUAAUGCACCUUGGUGAUGUGAUCACUCAGGAUGCUCAUUAACACCAGGUGUAAAGAGGAGACGAGGCAUCCAUUUAAAACCAUGCAGUGUGAAGUCAGCCGCUCCUCAGCUCCGCCUCGUUCGUCUACUCUCCGAGGGGUCCCUCUCUUAAAAGCCGAUGACCUCUAUUAGUCGUUAGCAGGGAGGUUUUUUUCUGUAUGAGUAACUUCUCCCUCUCCUCCUCCUCCUUUCGUGUUUGUCAUGACUCCUCCUCCCCGCUGAGAUUCACACACCACACUCCCACUCUGUUUUAGCAGCCCGCUCUCAUUACCGCAGCUAAUAUUGACGGAGCCCUCGCUGCCGCUCGAUGACAGCAAACGUGGGAUUCCACACAUUCGGCGUGUCAGGAUGAGAGAGAGUGAAUCACGAUGAGGCGCCGAUGAUGGAGAGUGAUGUUUUGUCAAAACUACUAAAGCCUUUGUGCAAACUGCAGCAUGGCCAAAGGGGAGAAACAUGAAAUGACUACUUACUUCCCACAUGAAAAAGGAAACAUUUUCCAAACAAAUGUGGCACAAAGUUUAGAAGAAUCCGGUCUAGAGAGAGGGGAUAAAAACCCUUACGUUGUCCAGUCUUACCCUGAACACUUCAUCCUUAAAAGGUGGGAAUAGUGACAAAACAUCUGCACAGUUUGAUGCUGGAAGCGGAGUAAAAUGUGGAUCCAUACAGUGUUAAUAAACAGAAAGUUGUUUCAAAGGUUUUGGGGUUAGAUAUGGACUUAAAAAUCACUGAAUCUGACUUUGAAAAUGGUGCAAGAGAUCUAGAGAUACUUGUGCAGUGAAAAGUGAAGAAAUAAGCUCUGCUGAUAAGUAACAUAACGACCCGAACGUGCAGAUUCAUGGAGAAAGAUGAGCAGCAGGAGGCGGUGCAACACCAUGGUUAAUCAAGUGGACAGAAUAUUAUCAAUGAUUGUAUUUCCACUACCAGGAAUACAAACAGACCCAGAUCCAGGAUCAUGGUCUGAACAUACUGGCUCAUUUUUAGGUCAUGCAGGAAACUUCAUGAAACCAAGACACUGGCUGUUUUCGAAACUAGUCUGUAGUCUGACUGUUUCAAACUGCUGCUUUAGCAUCAUGAUUUAAAAAGUUAAGAAGUGGCUUAUAUGGAAUUUAAUAAUUUUCACAGCACCUAAAAACUGAGUGCCCCCUUCAUAUAUGGAAAAAAGGAGGAGAACAUUAGCUCUGUGCGUUGUGGGAAACAGUACGUGAGGGAGACUGGUCCGCUGCAUACUGAGAAAUGUUCCCGAAUCAGUACAGCAUCCGGGUAGUUUAUGCAUACUGCAGAUUUUGCUCUUGUUCACAUACUGCAUACUGACUUUUGGCCGAAUCAGUACAUACUGCUAGUGUAGUAGGCGGGUUUGAAAACAGCCACUGUUUCCUGCUUUCACACAAAGUCUCCUGUGUCACAGGCCGUCUGAAAACUUUUCAAAUCAAGCAAAUGAGCAAGCAAUAGUGCCUCGUCACAUUUGUGCAAAAGUCAUGUAGAAAUAAUCCAAGGCUUUUCCAAAUCAGCUGUAUGGUUUCACAAAAACAGGAACAAGCAGACUGCUGAGGCCUCAAAGUAGAACUUCAGUAGCUCCAGAGAUGCUUGACGGCAGAGUCUCAUCGUCAUGUUUCUUCUGAUGUGAAAGAAAGAGGGGAUAAUUCACAGUGUUGAAAGACUAAAGGAGGGCUGACUCUUUCUUCUUAUGUUAUUGCUGCAGCUCAUUACUCUCAAUCCUCGUCCAAACCCAGAAAUCUCACAUUCGUAAUGUAAACUCGCAGCAUCAUGGUGUACAGUAAAUCCUCCAGUCACCUGCUCCACCUUUUAACACUCAGUCAGAGCAAACAGUCACGAGGCAAACGCAACAAUUAACAAUCGUUGGUCUCCCUCUCUCCAGUCCAACAGAAACAGACCCGGCUUAGGAAGUGUCUUAAAGUACCAAAACAAAUCCACCGUGACUCAUUUAUCUGAUAAUUAGAGCAAACACGUUAAAUCUGCUCUCUGUUAGAGCUGGUUAAAGAGAUUACCUUGUGUUUGCAAUGUCUGAUGGGAAAUCAUGCACUGAAGGAGGCUGUUGUGAUGUAAUCUGUGUUUUCUAUCCUAGUUUUCGUUAACAUUUUUACUUCCUGUACGUCCCCGCUGAUUGAAGUUCCCUCUUCUGUAAAUAACCCGACGAAUCAUCCGUUCUUCUUCCAGAGAUGUGUGUCAUCUCAAACUAAUAACAAAAAACAUAGCCACUGUGAAUAGACCAAAGCAAUGUCGCACAUGAUAUAUAUUUUGCUCCUGCAGAUAUGACGCCUGUAUAUUAAUGUUUGUGUGGAUGUCUGUUCUGUAAUUUUAUAAUCCACGAUAUUUGUAUGAAGACAUUUAUGUAUAUUUUCAUGCUGUACAUUUCUUGAACAAACCGACUGUUUUUAAUUAAAAAAAUACAAAAGUUA